GUCUCUUCUGCCCCCCGCCGCCGUUAUUACCGCCGCCCAGCCGGCCCAACGAGUGCCGUCGGCCCGCUGCCGCCGCUUCGACGGGGCCCUUGCAGCCCGCGCGUGACGAGGGCGAAGUUGUGCGUCCGCAAAGUCGUCGCGUUAGUUCCGCCUUCCCCGCCUCCCAGCCGCCCCGCAGCCGCCUGCGAAACCGAAACCCCGCGCGCCCGUCGGUGGGGACGGGAGCCGACCCGCAGCCGCCCGUCGCCUCCUCCCGGACUGCGCCACGAGCGCGCCUCCGCUUCUUCGCCGUGCCCCCGCAGCGAAAAGGGGGCAAAAGGGUGCGGCGAAGGGGGUCUGUGGCGCCUCACCCGCCCCCCGCACAGUUCACACGCUGCGCGACGGCGGCCCACGGGGCGUGA